AAUCUAGUAUGAAAUAAAACAUUUCUAUAGUAACAGCAUGUAAUUUUUUGUUCUUUUAAGAUUAUUCACAAAAUUCGAGUUUUUACAUAUACAAAUAUUUUUGAACAUUUUGAAACAAAUUAUUUGACCGUUGUUUAACACUAAUUUAGUCACUGCAUGACAAUAUGACCGAUGUACACCGUUUAUAUAUUUCUUAUGUAUCCUGAAUAAUUUUAACACGGUUGUAUUUUCUAAUUAUAUCCUUGCAAAAGGUCACUUUAUAUUUCUAGUAUACAUAUUUCAGAGUCAUUACCUGUAGAAUGUAUGGAAGGUUAUAGAUGCAGUUAUAGCCGUGUUUGCAUCCCCCUGUCGCAACUUUGUGAUGAUAAAACCGACUGCCCACAUAGUGAUGACGAACGCAUGUGUGACUUUGAAUGUCCGAUUAAUUGCACUUGCAGUGGAUAUGCCGUAGAAUGCAGAAAAACAUCUUACAACGUUAUGACUCAAGUGUCUUAUACAGCACGCAAAAUUGACAUAAGUUACUCAGCAUACUCAUACGGAACACUGACAUUACAGAAAAACCUACCCUUCCUAGCAAACCUAAAUGCAUCUCAUUGCAAUAUCGUAAAAAUAGGAGAUUUUGGGAAAUCUGUCAACAUUAUAAACCUUGACAUUAGCUAUAAUCGCAUCUCAAAAAUACAGGCAAAUACUUUUGUACUUUUGAAACGACUAAAAAAACUAAGUUUAGAGGGAAACUUUCUUUUAGCGAUGCUCGAGUCAAAUAGUUUUGCUGGUAUAAAAAUUACAGAAUUAGAAAUAAAACACACAAGGCUUACCGUAUUAUUGCCGCGAACAUUUGCAGGACUUAACCUAAAAAAAUUGGAUAUAUCAUACAAUAGAAUCAAAAUAGUAAAUGGGUUUGCCUUUGAAAACCUAAAUGUGGAACAUUUGUUGAUAAGUGAAAAGUUCAUUUCAAUGUUUGACAGUAAUUUAUUUACUGGAAUUGGCAACCUCAAAUUACUGAAAACACCUGCGUACAAGUUUUGUUGCAUUAAACCUUUCAAUUUUCCACAGGAAAAUUGUUUUCCACAGCAAGAUGAGUUUUCAUCAUGCGAUGAUCUGAUGAAAAGUAGAACACUUCAAGCUCUCCUUUGGACGAUCGGUCUUCUAUCACUGCUUGGAAAUAUUUUGUCAGUGGUUUAUCGAAUUAUAUAUGACAGAAAACGCUUGAAAUUAGGCUAUGGAAUCUUCGUUACCAACCUAGCUGUGGCAGAUUUCCUAAUGGGAGUUUAUCUCAUGAUGAUUGCAGCGGCUGAUGCCAUGUAUAGAGACAGGUAUAUCGAAGUUGAUGAGUAUUGGAGAAACAGCGUUUGGUGCAAGAUGGCCGGAUUCCUUUCUACAGUAUCUUCAGAAAUGAGCGUUAUGUUGAUUUGCUGCAUUACGAUCGACAGAAUCCUAGUAAUAAAAUAUCCAUUUGGAACAAUAAGGUUUAAACCACUCUCUGCUACUGUUGCAGGUAUAUGUUGUUGGGUUCUUGCUAGUUUUGUUGCUGUAUUGCCUCUGUCUGGGAUUGAAUACUUUGGAAACGCAUUUUACGGGAGAUCAGCGGUUUGUCUUGCACUCCCUCUAACACGACAAAAAACACCAGGAUGGCAGUACUCUAUCGUUGUUUUCAUCGGCUUGAAUUUCAUAUUGUUCUUACUUAUUGCCAUGGGUCAACUUCUAAUUUACGGCGAGAUUAAGAAGCAUGCGGCCCUAAAGAGGAAAAUGAACGUAGCGAGGAGUAACGACUUGACUGUAGCGAGGAAUCUCCUUCUCCUGGUUCUCACAGAUUUCAUGUGUUGGUUUCCAAUUGGUUGUAUGGGGAUAAUGGCUUUACGUGGAAGCUACGUGCCAGCUGAAGUGUAUGCAUGGACGGCUGUCUUAAUAUUGCCCAUCAACUCGGCUUUAAAUCCAUUUUUGUACACAUUUUCGACUGUUCUUGGAAAAAAGAACUUCAAUCCAGAUGUGGAAGAACAAGAUCGCAGUGACCUAAGCAAAGAUAUAGCGCUAGCAGUGACAGGCAUACUACCAUACUUCAGUAUGCGGCCUUGCAGAAGACAUGCUUUAGGCAAACAGCUGGAAGGUGAGAGAAUGGCGAACCGUGAAAAAUUCUGUGUAGUGAAUCACCUGGUGCGAUGUAUCGACUGCCUGCACUCCAAUGAAUUAGUUUUAAGAAAGAUAACAGUGGAUAGCAUUUUCGUUCGUUUGCAGUUACCUAGCAAUAAAGUUGCUGGGAUACAGGUUGAGCAGCCUAGUGUGUGUAAGAACAAAACAGAACGUGCAGAAAAUAUGUAUCAGCUUGCUGUCCUAGUGAGACAACUUUUCCCAGAGUUGUGAAAAUGGACUUUUUUCCCUUUUCGUCACAUAUAUUUUUAGGAUAUAUUAUUGUAUUUUAUAAAAUAAUUAUUUUAAUGACCAAUAUAUAAUUCACAUAGAAAGAAUGGUGCAUUUUUCGGGGUUUCAUUAUUAUUAUUAUUUCAAUUUGACAUUUUUCAAAAUAAAUUAGCGGCGGAAUUCAGCGAAACUUCAAAGGAAACUUCUAUUCUAGAAUCAAAUUUUAUCUUCAUUUUCUGGCUGGAUAAUUUUUUCACUGAGUUAUUGCCCUUUGAUAAUUCGAUACGAGUAUACUAUAGUACCAUUUCUUGUCUGGAAUAUUUCUCAGCAACAACCCUUUGCGUUUGAAAUUCUAUGAAACUUCAUAGGAGGACAUGCGCAUAUCAUCUUCAUGUUUCGGUCAAAUGGAUUUUCACCGAGUCAGUACUCUUUGAUUGUUCAACAUUAGUACACGCUUUUCCUCGAAUUUAGCGAAAAUUCAUUUUAAGCUUUCCUUCAAAGUGGCUAGGCAUAUUAUCUUUGUGAUUAGGUCGGUUGAUUAUUCACUGAGUAAUUCUCUUUGAUUAUUUAACACGAGUAUACUAUAGUACAUUUCAAGUACAUUUAUAGUACAGAUCAAUUUAAACUAGCUAAAAUAACUCCAAUAUUCAAAAAAGGGUCUAAAUCAGAAAAAGAAAACUAUCGCCCAAUAUCAGUUUUGCCUGUAUUAUCAAAGGUCAUUGAACGUCAUGUCAGUGACAGUUUGAAAGCCUACCUUGAAAGCAAUAAGUUUUUAUAUGAAUAUCAAUCAGGAUUUAGAAGUCAUCAUUCCUGUGAAACAGCCCUUACAUCUAUAGCUGAUAAAUGGAUAAAUGCUAUUAACAAUGGACAGCUAGUUGGUACAAUAUUCUUAGACUUGUCUAAAGCAUUCGACCUAGUCAACCAUUCGGUACUGCUACAAAAACUAAAAAUAUAUAACUUUAGUCAAGAAUCACUAGAUUGGUUUAAAUCAUAUUUAAGUAAUAGAUUUCAAAAAGUAUGUAUUUCUGGAAAAAUAUCUGAAUCAAAGCCAAUAAUGUCUGGUUACCCUCAAGGCUCUGUGCUUGGCCCUCUACUUUUUAUUUUAUAUAUUAAUGAUCUGCCCCAACAUCUGAAAGACUGUUUCACUGAUAUUUUUGCAGAUGAUACAACCUUAACUGUUGUUGGAAACACCAAACAAGAAAUCAGUUCUGAAUUACAGUCUGUACUCUUUAAAAUUGAGGACUGGUGCAAGCAUAAUUAUAUGACAGCUAAUGUACAAAAAACCAAAGCAAUGUUUAUCUCAUCAAGAGGAACUAAUAAAGAUACUUUGAACCCAUCGCCUCUUACAUUCAACAAUGAAACUGUCGAAUAUACAGAAUCAGAAAAACUGUUAGGUGUACAUGUCAGUAAUAACUUAAGCUGGAAAGAUCAUAUUGAUAACACACUAAAGAAAUGCAAUUCCUUACUUUAUCUUUUACAACGAAUAAAAUGCUACCUAGAUAUUCCCCAGAGAAAACUUUUCUUUAAUGCUUAUAUUUUACCCCACUUGGAUUAUUGCUGCACGAUUUGGGGUAAUUGCAACAGGGAUUCAAUGGAAAAAAUUACAAAAUUUCAAAAAAGAGCAGCUCGAAUCAUCCUUGAUAAAUGUUUUGAUUUUCCAUCUGAAGAUUUGUUUAAAGAGCUGAACUGGAUGAAAUUCAAUGAACGACUGCAUUAUAAGAAAGCAAUUUUAGUCUUUAAAUCAAUUAACAAUCUCAGUCCAUCCUAUCUUCAAAGUAAAUUUAAAUUUGUACAUAAUCCUUACAUUAAUUUAAGAUCAGAAUCAAAUAAAUGUCUUGAAGUACCUAAACCAAACUUAGAACUGUACAGAAAAUCCCUUGAAUACUCGGGACCAAAAAUCUGGAACACAUUACCUCUUGAAGUAAAAAAUUCUAACAGUCUUGAGCAGUUCAAAAGAUCCUAUUUAACAAACUGGAAAAUGAACAACAUAACAUAUGCUUAGAAUGUUGUAAUCAUGCUAUUGUCAAAUUUGUAUUUGAAAUCUAUUUGUAAAUAUUGUACAUAAUUUUGAGGCCCACUUGGAAGAUUGGGCAUGCCUAAUAGUGUUGCCUCAAUAAAUAAAGUCAUUAUUAUUA